AUGUCUGGGCCCCCAAGUAGAGGCGAAGCCGUCCAAAAACAAAUACAACAAGAUUGGGGCAACAGAGAGUAUAUCGAAAUAAUUACAAUCAGCAUCAAGAAAAUUACAGAUUUUCUGAACUCGUUUGAUUUAUCUUGUCGUUCUAAACUUGCAGGCCUAAACGAAAAACUCACUAUUCUGGAACGUAAAAUCGAUUAUUUAGAGGCUUGUGUCACAAAAGACGAAUUCAGAUUGAAACAAGUAGGGCCAGAUCGUGUUUGUGCCGAAUGGAUUUUGCGUAAUGGAGGCAGAGUUAAAUGGGUAAACGCAGAUGAAUACCACGAAGACUACAAUAAACUCCCAAAAGACGAAGUCCAAGUCCGAAUACAAGAAAUAGACGCCACUGGCAGCUCAAUAAUGGCAAAUGGUUUUGAGCACUUGAAAAACUGCAAACGUAUCAGUAAGAUUAUUUUGGACAAGUGCAAUCAUAUGGAGAAUGAAGCUCUAAAAGAAUUGCAUUAUGUGCAAGAUACUUUGUUGUGUUUGCAAGUUUCCAGGUGCGGAAAUGUAGUGGAAACUGGUCUUGAGCAUUUGGCCAAACUGCAAAAACUACAAACUUUGACCAUAUUUGGUUUGCCUUACGUUACGGAUAGGGAUAGGAUUUUGAAUAUACUUAGAACUAAUAUGAAACAAUGUAAAAUAACUUAUGAAAAAUAA